GCGCGAUGCAUGCCGGGCCUUGUAGUCCGUUCGCGGAGUCCUGCCGCCGAAGGCCUCGCGGGUGAACUGCAUCUCCCAGCGCCCCAUGCGGCGGCGGCCGUAAAGCGCGGCGGUCGAACGGCCGGUUCCGGCUGAAUGUCAGUGCUGGGCUGUGGGCCGGGGAGGAAGGCGGCUCGCGGUUCCUCCACCGCCUCCGCCGCCGCAUCCUCCGCUUGUGCUACCGCCGCGGGCGCUGGGCCGCUCUGCUGGUCCGGCAUGAGACCGUGAGACGAGAGACGGGUCGGGGCCGCCGACAUGUUUGGCCGCUCGCGGAGCUGGGUGGGCGGGGGCCAUGGCAAGUCUUCCCGCAACAUCCACUCCUUGGACCACCUCAAGUAUCUGUACCACGUUUUGACCAAAAACACCACAGUCACAGAACAGAACCGGAACCUGCUAGUGGAGACCAUCCGUUCCAUCACUGAGAUCCUGAUCUGGGGAGAUCAAAAUGACAGCUCUGUAUUUGACUUCUUCCUGGAGAAGAAUAUGUUUGUUUUCUUCUUGAACAUCUUGCGGCAAAAGUCGGGCCGUUACGUGUGCGUUCAGCUGCUGCAGACCUUGAACAUCCUCUUUGAGAACAUCAGUCACGAGACCUCACUUUAUUAUUUGCUCUCAAAUAACUACGUAAAUUCUAUCAUCGUUCAUAAAUUUGACUUUUCUGAUGAGGAGAUUAUGGCCUAUUAUAUAUCGUUCCUGAAAACACUUUCGUUAAAACUCAACAACCACACUGUCCAUUUCUUUUAUAAUGAGCACACCAAUGACUUUGCCCUGUACACAGAAGCCAUCAAGUUUUUCAACCACCCUGAAAGCAUGGUUAGAAUUGCUGUAAGAACCAUAACUUUGAAUGUCUAUAAAGUGGAUAACCAGGCCAUGCUGCACUACAUCCGAGAUAAAACUGCUGUUCCUUACUUCUCCAAUUUGGUCUGGUUCAUUGGGAGCCAUGUGAUCGAACUCGAUGACUGCGUGCAGACUGAUGAGGAGCAUCGGAAUCGGGGUAAACUGAGUGAUCUGGUGGCAGAGCACCUAGACCACCUGCACUAUCUCAAUGACAUCCUGAUCAUCAACUGUGAGUUCCUCAACGAUGUGCUCACUGACCACCUGCUCAACAGGCUCUUCCUGCCCCUCUACGUGUACUCACUGGAGAACCAGGACAAGGGAGGAGAACGGCCGAAAAUUAGCCUGCCGGUGUCUCUUUAUCUUCUGUCACAGGUCUUCUUAAUUAUACAUCAUGCACCGCUGGUGAACUCGUUAGCUGAAGUCAUUCUGAAUGGUGAUCUGUCUGAGAUGUACGCUAAGACUGAACAGGAUAUUCAGAGAAGUUCUGCCAAGCCCAGCAUUCGGUGCUUCAUUAAACCCACCGAGACACUCGAGCGGUCCCUUGAGAUGAACAAGCACAAGGGCAGGAGGCGGGUGCAAAAGAGACCCAACUACAAAAACGUUGGGGAAGAAGAAGAUGAGGAGAAAGGGCCCACCGAGGAUGCCCAAGAAGACGCCGAGAAGGCUAAAGAGAUUGAGAUGGUGAUCAUGGAGCGUAGCAAGCUCUCAGAGCUGGCCGCCAGCACCUCCGUGCAGGAGCAGAACACCACGGACGAGGAGAAAAGCGCCGCCGCCACCUGCUCCGAGAGCGCGCAAUGGAGCAGACCCUUCCUGGAUAUGGUGUACCACGCGCUGGACAGCCCGGAUGAUGAUUACCAUGCCCUGUUCGUGCUCUGCCUCCUCUAUGCCAUGUCUCAUAAUAAAGGCAUGGAUCCUGAAAAAUUAGAGCGAAUCCAGCUCCCCGUGCCAAAUGCGGCCGAGAAGACUACCUACAACCACCCGCUGGCUGAAAGACUCAUCAGGAUCAUGAACAACGCUGCCCAGCCAGAUGGGAAGAUCCGGCUGGCGACGCUGGAGCUGAGCUGCCUGCUUCUGAAGCAGCAAGUCCUGAUGAGUGCUGGCUGCAUCAUGAAGGAUGUGCACCUGGCCUGCCUGGAGGGUGCGAGAGAAGAAAGUGUUCACCUUGUACGACAUUUUUAUAAGGGAGAAGACAUUUUUUUGGACAUGUUUGAAGAUGAGUAUAGGAGCAUGACAAUGAAGCCCAUGAACGUGGAAUAUCUCAUGAUGGACGCCUCCAUCCUGCUGCCCCCAACAGGCACGCCACUGACGGGCAUUGACUUCGUGAAGCGGCUGCCGUGUGGCGAUGUGGAGAAGACCCGGCGGGCCAUCCGGGUAUUCUUCAUGCUGCGUUCCCUGUCACUGCAAUUGCGAGGGGAGCCUGAGACACAGUUGCCGCUGACUCGGGAGGAGGACCUGAUCAAGACCGAUGAUGUCCUGGAUCUGAAUAACAGCGACUUGAUUGCAUGUACAGUGAUCACCAAGGAUGGCGGCAUGGUCCAGCGAUUCCUGGCUGUGGAUAUUUACCAGAUGAGUUUGGUGGAGCCUGAUGUGUCCAGGCUUGGCUGGGGAGUGGUCAAGUUUGCAGGCCUAUUGCAGGACAUGCAGGUGACUGGCGUGGAGGACGACAGCCGUGCCCUGAACAUCACCAUCCACAAGCCUGCGUCCAGCCCCCAUUCCAAGCCCUUCCCCAUCCUCCAGGCCACCUUCAUCUUCUCAGACCACAUCCGCUGCAUCAUCGCCAAGCAGCGCCUGGCCAAAGGCCGCAUCCAGGCAAGGCGCAUGAAGAUGCAGAGAAUAGCUGCCCUCCUGGACCUCCCAAUCCAGCCCACCACUGAAGUCCUGGGGUUUGGACUCGGCUCCUCCACCUCCACUCAGCACCUGCCUUUCCGCUUCUACGACCAGGGGCGCCGGGGCAGCAGCGACCCCACAGUGCAGCGCUCCGUGUUUGCAUCGGUGGACAAGGUGCCAGGCUUCGCCGUGGCCCAGUGCAUAAACCAGCACAGCUCCCCGUCCCUGUCCUCACAGUCGCCACCCUCCGCCAGCGGGAGCCCCAGCGGCAGCGGGAGCACCAGCCACUGCAACUCGGGAGGCACCAGCUCGUCCUCCACCCCCUCCACAGCCCAGAGUCCAGCAGAUGCCCCCAUGACUCCAGAACUGCCUAAGCCUCACCUUCCUGACCAGUUGGUAAUCGUUAACGAAACGGAAGCAGACUCCAAGCCCAGCAAGAACGUGGCCAGGAGCGCAGCCGUGGAGACAGCCAGCCUGUCCCCCAGCCUCGUCCCUGCCCGGCAACCCACCAUUUCCCUGCUCUGCGAGGACACGGCUGACACGCUGAGCGUCGAAUCGCUGACCCUUGUCCCCCCAGUUGACCCCCACAGCCUCCGCAGCCUCACCGGCAUGCCCCCACUGUCCACGCCGGCUGCCGCCUGCACAGAGCCCGUGGGCGAAGAGGCUGCAUGUGCUGAGCCUGUGGGCACCGCUGAGGACUGAGUCAGUGCUGGGGCCUCCCUUUGUGUGUGUGGCCCCGCUUGUAGGGACCCCAGUGCCGCUGACUGGCAAGACACACUGGGAGCACCCACCAUUCUCUGCGGCCCCCAGCAGCCAUCUCAACCACCUAUCCCUGUGCUCCCUUGAAUGGGAAGAAGCCCCAUGUUGUCCUUGAAUUCCUUUUUCACUUUGCAUCUCUUCACGUGCAGGCUGGGACCAGCGGAGACACCGCGGCGAAUGCAGAUGACUGCACCGGCCACUCAGGGAGCUGCCUGGGCUCCGUGUCUCUGAGCCCCGGGUGGCAGGACCCCCCGGCACCUCUUUCUUCCUCUGUCAUAUGGCUCCUCUGUCACCAGCCCCAGUGUGCACAGAAGAAUUGGACCAGGUCACUGUACGUAGAAAUUUGUAGAAAAGCAGACUUAGAUAAACAUCUCCUUUGGAUAUUUAUUUCCGCUUUUGGCAGCAGGUGAACAUUUAUUUUUAAAACUUCUAUUUAAAAGAAGUCCAAAAACAUCAACAAUAAGGUUUGAUGUCAUGUGAAAAGUGUAAUAAUACAGUUAAGAUUUCAUGAUCAUUUUCACUGGACCUUUCCUGAUGUUUUGUUUUAGAGUUCUUAGUGUGGCUUUUUCCAUUUAUUUAAGUGAUUCUUUGUUACUCACUAACUCUGCAAGCCUGUGGAAUAAUGAAGUACCUUCCUGGAAAGUUUAGAUUAUUUUUUAAACAAAAACAAGGGAGAUACAUGUAUUCUCAGGUACACACAGAGCUGAGAGGGCUGAAUGGUUUUCUGCCAUAGCAGCCGAGAGGCCUCCCAUCAUGGAAAGAUUUCUCCAGGAAAAGGAGGAAUGUAGCCAGCUCCCCACUCAGGACGCUUCCUCAUUUCUCUUCACCAAAACCAAACAGAGACAGCUUCCAGCACCUUCUUCAGUGUUACCAUCUCUAAGAAGGAACCACUUGGGACCGUGAAGACUCCCGACCCUGUGGCCAUGAUGGAAAUCAAAGGAAGACACCCUCUACGUCACCUGCCCUCGACUGUGUGUGGCCACAUGUGCCGAGAGAUGGCCCAGAGCCAGUUCCCCUCCAGCUGCAAGGGCAUGGUGUCCCCAGAGCUCUGAGUCUGUCACUCUCCCUCUGCUACUGCUGCUGGUCUGAAAAUGGAAACCGCAUGGUUCCCUUCCCCAUUCGGGCUGGGUGUGUACAAGCAAGGACCCAGAUGCAUCAGACACAGCCCCCAAGAUGUUCCUUUCUACUCGGCCAGCUCGGGAGCCAGACACAGCACUCACAGCCCAGGCCGUGAUCCACCCUCCCCAAGUCCACCAGGGCCAGCGGCCCCUCACCUCUCUGGUCGCUGGUGAGACCUUCCACAACUUUCCUCCAGACCAGCCAGCAGAUGUGCCCACCAGGGGCGUUAGGUAUCCGCCAGAGCCUGGCCAUAGGGUAGUCUCGGGAGCCGCGCUGAGAUCUUUUGCCACCUGCAUUUUAGAAGAACAUAGUCUCUGUCUCCUCGGCCAAGCCAGCUGUCCCGGCAAGGCCUGCCGAGGGCAGUUUUCAACCUCAUGAAGGAAACACAGCCCUGCCAAGGAGGGGGAGUGGCACCCAUGGGGACAGGCCUCAGUCCUUAGAAGCCCUCUGGGUAGCUGUGCCCACCCAGCCUUCAUGGCUGCAGGUACAAGGACCUUUGCUUCAAUAGAGAAAAGGCACAGCUCAGAAAGGGGGCCACAUGGGCAGAAACCCAAAGGAAGGACAAACCAUGACCACCAUGGCCAUCUGCAGAAUCCCUGGAAGAGAAGGAAGGCAGGGUAGGGCCGGGGGGAAGACCAUCAUGGAGAGAAGGACCACAGCAUCAGGAGACGGGACAUGCCACACCCAGCAGGCAGCCUGUGUGUUGCUUAAUUUUUUAAGAGCAAGAGGGGUAGAGAGGAUCAAGCUGGCCCUGGCUGGAGCUGGCCAGCCCCUGAGACAUGCACUUCUGGUUUUGAAAUGACUCUGUGAGGCAGCAGAAACUAGAGUAGGCAAGUGGCUGCCCCACCCGAAGGCGUGACCAGGAGGAACAGCCUGCAGCUCACUCCAUGCCACACGGGUGGGCCACCAGCCUGCUGUCAGAAGUCUCUGGGCUCCAACUGGCCUUGUAACCACUGAGCACUGAAGGAGAGAGGUCUUGGUCAGGGCUGGACAGCAUGCCCGGUAGGACCAGCAGAGGAUAAAAGGCGACCGGGAGGACCAGCGGAGGAUAAAAGACACUGCUCAGGGCAGGGCUUCUACCCUGCAUCCCUGGCCAAGAAAAGGGCAGUCCCCAUGUGGGCUUGCAGGGUCACUCUCAGGGGCCUCUUUCAGCUGGGGCUGGCGACUUGCCUCUGGGGGACACCUCCAGGUGUGUGGGGUGAGGAUUUCCUAUAACCAGGGCUCCCAGAAGCUUUGCUUAUGUAAGGAGGUCUGGGAGCCCAUUGGAGGCCACCAGCCAUUUUGGCUUCAAAGGACCCCACCUCACCCAGGUCUCAGCGGCAGUGGGCACAGCUAUGUCUUCAGGAGCUCCCCACAACCUCAUAGCUGGGGCGCUCCCAGACAGGCCAGUCCAGACAGGACACGCUGGGUCCCUGGCAUCCAGAGGAAGAGCCAGGAUUGUGGGAAGGCCCACAGUGGGGGCUGUGGCUUCUGACACUCAGGGCAUAGCCUCAGAGGUCUGAAGUCAGCCCCCAUAGACCCACCCGGCCCGCCCCCCAAGUCCCUGCAGAGAGCACCUAGAGUUAUGGCCCAGGCCCUGGUCCACCCUUCCCCUGUGCACCUCCGGCUGGAUUUCCCAAGUCAGGGAGCAGGGCUGGCCGCAGGAACUCCCAAACCUUGGCUUUGAAUGUUGUGGAGGUGUGCUCGUCCCUUUCUGGACGUGCAAGGUACCUGUCCCAGCAGGUCAGAUGGGGCCAGCUGAGGCGCUCCCCCAGGCAGGAAGGGCCAGCCUUCACCGUCGCGUGGGAUUGGGAGGAGGGGCCUCCGUGAGCAGCCCCUCCUCUGCCGCUGUCCCAGCCCAGUCCCUCUCCCACAACCCAGACACUUGUCGUUCACAAGCAACCUAAGAGGCAGGUGAAGAAGCGCAGCCCUGCCAGACACGCUAGAUUCCUCUAAGGUCUCUGAGAUGCACCGUUUUUAAAAAAGGCGUGGGGUGAACUGAUUUUGAUCUUCUUGUCUAGAUGCAAUAAAUAAAUCUGAAGCAUUUAAUGUAGUCAUCAUGACAUUGGGCAUACACUGUAUGAGUUCCUUAUGUUUCCUUGAGCUAAAAAUAUGUAAAUAAUUUUUGUCCCAGUGAGAACCGAUGGUUAGAAAACCUCGAUGCCUCUGAGCCUUGGGACCGCUCUAGGGAAGUACCUGCUUUUGCCAGCAUGACUCAUGCUUCGUGGGUACUGAACACGAGGGUGGAAAUGAAAACUGGAACUUCCUUGUAAAUUUAAACUUGGCAAUAAAAGAGAAAAAAAGUUA